GUACGCGAUAAAUUUUCAAGUCUGCGGGCUACCUCCAUUUCUCGAGACCUCGACGCGAACACCGGCGGUUCCUCCGGUGCCAAGAAUCGGACCGCUUGGUGCCGAGAACCGACCGACAGCCGCUCCGAUAGCGCCGCCCUCGGCGAGUCCCGCCCGGAUCGUGCCGCGGAGCCUUUAUGUCCGUCCACACCUGCCGUAGCCAUAUUGUGGUAACGCAACCUGCCACUGUCCUCACAUGCAACCAUAUCACGACUCCAUCCGAUGUUGCUCGUCCUCGCUAUCGUCCUCGUUUUCCUCCUCGGUUUUCUCCCCCAAUCUGCCAACCGUCCCGGAGUCAAGACCAGAAGAUUCUAUGGAUUCCUAGCUCGAUCCGGCGCACGCGCUGAUCCAUAUCCUCUAAGCGCUGAUCGAUUCAUCGAAGCGCUGAUUCAUGCCAUUCAAGCGCUGAUCGAAGCGCUGAUUCAUGUCAUCCACCGACUGCUGUAACUGGGUCAAGGCCUGUAGGAUUUGAGCGCCCUGAUUGACGGCGGGCAGAUUUGCACAGC